AUGCCGGGUACACUAAAUAUACUACGAAGUGGACGUCCGCUCGUCACGACGCCACAUCAGGAUCGGUUUAUAAGACUUUCUCACAUACGUAAUCGCCAUCUCACAGCUACCGAAACUGCAAAUAACACUCUUGGCAGUCAUAACCGCCAUAUUCAUCCUGAUACGGUUCGAAACCGAUUACGCGUCAAUGGCCUAAGAGCCCAACGUCCCUAUGUUGGUCAGCCCCUAACUCCUUCGCGUCGCCAACGCCGAUUGGCUUGGUUACAAGCACACUCGCCCAGAAAUUUUCCUAUGAGGCAAUGGAGACGGGUAUUCUUCACUGACGAAUCCCUGUUCACUCUCUACCUUUCGGACGGGCGACUUCGUGUAUAUCGACGUCGAGGGGAACGUUACACCGACGCGUGCGUCGCUGAGCGGGAUAGGUUUGGCGAUUUCAUACUACCAGCCUUCGUUUGCAGUCUUGUACUGAAUGUCGUGUGCCUGAUCGAGAAUUUUUGGAAUUUUUCGGAAAACCAUCAUGGAUCAAAUUAUCUUCAGCCUCAAGCUUAUAGCUAUCUUUGUCCGUUCUUUAGAGGGGGGCUUGGAAACCUGAUGUUCAUGUAUGCCUCAAUUUAUGGUAUGGCAAAAGAGAAGGGCAUGGGCAUUGGAGUGUAUAAAAACAUGGAGUUGUAUAGAAUGUUUAAUAUCACUGAGAAAGCUAUUAAAGAUACACGUAUAUGUGAUAAGGCAGUUGAAAUUUACGAAUACAGACCAUGUGCUUAUGACGUAGCUACGACCGGGUUUACGUCAUCAAAGAAUAUCAGGCACAAAUCAUAUCUUCAAUCUUGGAGAUACUUUGAAGAUAUCGAGGAGGAUAUUCGAGCGCAGUUUGUUUUUAAAGAUUUUAUAAAAGCGAAGGCGGCAGAUAUUCUUCGCCGGGCAGUCGCUACUUAUAUAAAGCAAUAUCCUUCCUUGCAAUCCAGCGUUGGAAAUUUAACAAUAGUAGGCGUUCAUAUCAGAAGAGGCGAUUAUUUGAAGAAAGACAAAAUUCAAUAUGGUUAUGAGGUAGCUUCUUCUGCUUAUGUAGAAAAGGCCUUACAGUAUUUUAGAGAUAAAUAUAACAAUACGUUGUUUCUAAUUUUCACUAAUCCUAAUCCACCGGAUAUCAAGUGGUGUAAACAAUAUAUAAACGGAAGUGACGUUGUACACAUGAAAGCAAAUGCGCGCGAAAUUGACAUGUGUGCUAUUUCACAAUGUAACCAUACUGUUAUGACGGUUGGCACAUUUGGCUGGUGGGCUAGCUGGAUAAAUAAAGGAGAGACAAUAUAUUACAAGGAUGUUGCAACACCUAAAAGUUCAUUAUUGGAUGAUUUCAGUCAAGAUAUGACAGAUUACUUUUAUCCCGGCUGGAUAGGGAUGGAUUAA